UGACCUGAAUAUGUGUGGCUAAGGAGGAUUCAACCGACCUCUUUUGAUAUCAUGGAUUUAAGGACGACAGUGCAUCGUUUUCGUGCUCAUCUUCAACGGAUAGGCCUUCGUCUCGAAGGCGGUUACAUGGCGAGUGUGAUGACGGAUGUCCCUGUGGUCUGUUGAACUGUGACGAGAGGAAGGGCUCGUUUAGCAGUAUCGAUGGACAGUAUCGAUAAGUCAUCAAUUAAAAGCCGGACUGAGUGGCCUCUUUAUGCAGUUUUGGAAUUUUAUUGUCUCCGCCCGCCCUGCCUGCUUCUGUCUUAGCUGACUGGAACUGGAUAUCACUACUUCGUCGUAACAUCGGAAUUACUGUGAGACAACAGUAUUUACUUCUCGAGUGAGGAAGUGAAGCUGUGUCAGGUUAGCUAUAUUUGAUCGAGAUAAGACCGGAAGUUGGGGGAUUCUGCCUUCAUAAUAAAGGCGCCAAAAAUAUCAGUCGUGACUUUUAAUUAUAUUGUUUGGAAUUGGACUGGGCGAUAAAACGAGCGAACAGGACGACGACUAUACUGCAACACUCCGCUUAGUCUCAGAGUAUUGCGUGUUUAUUAUUACUCUGAGACACUGCACUGUUAAUACAUCUCCAAGCGUUUUAUUUUGGAAGCUGUUAACGGAUAUUGUUCUUGGUUCUGCGGUUCUCAGCCUGGUAGGAAGGGGGAUGUGGCCAGGAUGUAUUUAUGCUGCUGUUCAAGAUAUGAAAAUCAUUGAAUCGGCGCUGCUUCGGGAGCCCUGCUUCACCACCGGGCACAGCGGAGGUAACGACAGUGCCGCCGGUCGUCAACGUGGUUGUUGUCGGUGGUUGAAAACGGCGACCACGACCGAGGCUUCUGUGCUGGUUUCGUCUGGACUGGACCAUUUCCAUGAAGGCUUCUCAACCUCACGCCCAAACAGUUUGUUGAAUUUGUGUGCGGGGCUGUAUUCUUUGCUUAUGUAAUAACAGCAUGUGAAUCGACACAGUCACGUCAAUUUUUUCAUUAUUCAUUUAGUUUUUUUUUAGUUUUGGACAAAAGGCUUUGUCGUCUUUCCUCUUUUUAAAAAAUCUAUCUAAUAUUAGUUUUUUAAAAAACAAAUGUCAACAACUCAGCACCAAGUGAUGAUGGAGUCCUCUCUAGCUCUCGGUAGACUGGAACUGACCCCCGGCUCAGCCGCUGUUGGGGUCAACCUGACCCCGCGGCUCCCCGGUGCCCCUCUCGCGAAAGAGAAGAGCGGCCAGCGUCCUCUGGGGCCACAAGGCCAGGCCAUUCUGAACGGCUGCGUCCCGCUGUCACAUCAGGUGGCGGGUCAUAAGUAUGGAGUGGAUAAAGUGGGUAUUUUACAGCAUCCAGAUGGAACAGUCCUGAAGCAGCUUCAGCCUCCACCAAGAGGUCCACGAGAGAUGCAGUUUUACAGCAUGGUGUUUGCAGAGGACUGCUGUGAUCCAUGUCUCCUGGAGCUCCAGAGCCACCUUCCCAAGUACUAUGGCACGUGGUCGUCUCCUGACAGCCCCAGCGACCUGUAUCUGAAGCUGGAGGACGUGACUCGUCGUUUCGUCAAGCCGUGCAUCAUGGAUGUGAAGUUGGGCCAGCGGAGCUACGACCCUUUCGCCUCGCAGGAGAAACGGGAACAGCAGAUCAGAAAAUACCCACUGAUGGAGGAGAUUGGCUUCCUGGUCCUCGGCAUGAGGGUGUAUAAGGUGUGCAGUGACACUUUUGACUCCUACGACCAGCACUACGGAAGGGGACUGGUUAAGGAUACUAUUAAAGAUGGCCUGGCUAAAUUCUUCAAUAACGGCGUCUGUCUGAGAAAGGAUGCAGUGUCAGCCAGCAUCCACAGGGUGCAGCAAAUCCUCCGCUGGUUCGAGUCUCAGCACCAGCUCGCCUUCUACGCCAGCUCUCUUCUCUUUGUCUAUGAGGGUCUCCCCCCCUCCUCCUCCUCCUCAUCCUCCCUUUCCUCCCUCCUCAGCUCCCCGUCGAUCAGCCCGACCGCGGUGAAAAACUGCCACAGUUCGCCGGUGGGCGACGGCUGUCAGAGGGGAGAGGGGAAAGCGAGACAGGAGGGGGCAGGGCAGAAGGAGGAGGUGGCUGAGUACAACAACAACAACAUUCAGGUGGUGGUGCCCUGGGACUACAGCCUGGCCACCAUUUACACCAACCACAGGAAACGUGACCACCACCACUGUGCCAAGGGUCACAUUCAUGGCAGCGGCGGAGGCGGCGAGGCCCUGGAGACGACGGCGAGCUCAGUUUCUGGAGACAACAGCUCAGCGCUGUGUCAAGAAGACAACCUGGCCUGGAAACGAACGGGGGAGUCACAGCAACCACCGAAUGGAAACGGAAACAAAUCACAACUGGAAAGGAAGGCUGAGGAAGGAGAGAGAGAGGCCCUGGACAGGAGGAGGAGGAGGAGGAGGAGGGAGGAGGAAGAGCUGAAAGGACCAGAUGCAACGGAGGAGAGCGGAGGAGACACAGACACAGAGGUGGAGGUCAGGAUGAUCGACUUUGCCCACGUUUUCCCCAGCGAGAGCCGCGAUCACGGCUACAUCUACGGCCUCAAACACCUGCUGACGGUGCUGGAGCAGAUCCUCUGUGACGCUGCCUAGAGCUCUCACCCCCCCACCCCCUCCACCCCACCCUCUGAACCUCCUGACCUGCUCAAAGUGAACCAGCCCUCCUCCACCUCUCAAAAGACAGAUGCCUUCAGAGGAGAGACGGAAGCAUCAAAGAAGUGAAUAUUAAAAGUGAACCAUCAUCAUCAUCAUCAUCAUCAUCAUCAUCAUCAUCAUCUCACCUGAUUGUGAUGGUCCGUCGGUCGACUCUGUGUCUGUGCAUGUGUGUGUGUGUGUGUGUGUCUGUGAGCAGAGCGGAGGCUGUGGCUGGCAGCUGUAGAUUCCCUGCGAUCAGCAGCACUACACGCACUAAUCAACCCAUGAAGGCAUUACAAUCCUGUACUUAAACGCAACAUCUUCAGGUGCAUGAUUUACUGAUGCUCGGACAAACUCCACGUCAGCUGACCUCAACGUUAGGAAUGCUUUUCAGUUGCAUCCGUCUGAAACUGUACAUCAGGACAUCUGAAAUAAGGCGCAGGCAGUGAGACAGUCAGGUGAAAGGAAUUUUUCUAUUCCGUUUACACCAUAGUAAUUUUCUGUUUUCUCUAAAUUGCCAAAUGUAAACAUCCAAAUCUCUAAACACUUUCUUAAUUCUGAAUUCUUUGGAAAUGUCAUAUGUAUUUUUGAUCAAACAGUCCUAACUCAAGGUCCACUCACUCCAGAACUUUCAGUUCCAUCUGCUGACAUGUGACACUCAGACACUGUUAGGAUUUCAUCAGUUAGUACUUGGAUCAGGAUUUAGGCUGAUCCACAGGUCUUGAAAGUUAAAUGCUGAAUAAUGGAUUCUGACAGAGCUGAGAUAAGGUGUACUACUGGACAAUGCAGUCUGCCUAGAAAACUACCUAAACUACAGAAACUGUUAGACAGAGCACAGUUAAACUUCAUCCUGCCGCAACACUCAGAUAUUUAGUUUCGAUCCAUAUCCAGGUUAUCCACAGUGAUUCUUUUAGGCUUACAGCACACUGUCAGAUUCCAAACAAACAUUCCUUCAUUGUUCAAGUUUGCGAGCAUCUGGUAAAACUGGAGUCUGAGGAAUGUUGAGCUUUAAGUCGGGUUGUCAUUUGUGUUUUUGUUUAAACCACUGUCUACAGGUAUCUAACUCAGGUAAAUUUACUGUAAGAAAAAAAUGUUUAAUGUUACUACUAUUGUCCUACAAGAUGAUCCUCAUGCUGUCUGGUUGUUCAGCUCUAAAUGAUUGUUUUAUAUAGUCUUAUCUCAUGAUUGACCUUAUCUCAUCAAUGUUGACCUUGAGUCAUGUUUUGACCUCUUAACCUUAUACAAUGACCUUACACACAUUGUGUUGUCUUUUACCACGGCUAUCUUAAUUGUUGUUGUACAUGUUUGGCUGCCAAAUCACCUCUUCUUUCUGAAGCCUGUGCUCUUUGCUGUGCUGUUCUCUGUGGACUUCCAGUGCCAUUGGCCUAGCAUUAACCAUGAGCUACUUUGUGAUUUCGAGUUCGUGUAAUGAAUUGAUUUAUGAUGAGGCAGCAAUCGGAAAAGCCGCAAUGUCCUUCCCAGUUUCAGUAGAGAUGAAUAUUAGGAUGUUUGUGUGAUGACAAAUUAAAGGAAAAGCUUGAUAAAUUUAAGGGGGGGGGGGGGUGUUACAGAAUUUUCCUUUAAUUUGUCAUCCGUCUGUCUAUGAUACAUGAUGUGCUGUGAUUGGUUAACAUGUUACCUGAUAAGACAUAACUUCCCGUAGGAUUUUAAGACUGUAGUGAGAAGAUAUUUGAGACAUGCUGCUUUAAUGAGAUUCUACUGACUGACUCACUGCUAAAGAGAGAAAGACAGCAACUGAAUGGAGGGGAGGGGAGGGGAGGGGAGGGAGGGGUUAGCACAGGAGUCAACACUUCUUAUUUUACACUAAUUUCAGGUGGAGCUGAACUGGCUAAUGUUGCUUUUUAACUUUUGAUUUUUGAAUUGUUUUAUUGAAGUCAUGUAUGGUGGGUGCUGAUUGAUACAUCGAUAGACACGCUGAUGCCGGGGAUCUUCUGUGUACGCUGGUUUAGUGAAACUGUAUUCGAUCUCCAUUGAGGCUGAUCUGGAGGCUCAGAGGAAUUCCAAGGCCCAACGCAGCCUUAGCUGCUAGUUCUUUUGUCAUGUGGAGAGAUAACACAACAUCUUGUGUUUUCUUGCAGUCAUGACUUAGUUAUCUCCUAUUCUCCAGGAGCUGAUACCUUCAAGCUCAGAUUGUGUCCAGCUGUGCAGUGAGUUUGAUAUGUCAUGGAACAUCUGGAUAGCCUGUAAAAUAUGGAAGCCUGUCACACUGAGAUAGAGACAGGGCAGGAUUAGCAGUGUGGGCCCCAGACUCCCAGGAACCCCAGGUAGGUUCACUGUCUGGCUUGUAGUAAUUUCUGGUCAGUUCAGGGUCUUUUUCAUACCAAACAGAGGAAUUUAAAAAGUCCAUGUUUAGUAAUAUGCACCUUUUAAAGCACAAUAGGAAUGGAGAUGGAGAGUUACAGGCUGAAGCUUUCAGUGGGGGUUUUUACAGAUGCACAGCACUGAGAUGUUGAGUAGAUGUACGUCCUUACCUCAGUCUGAUCUACAGUCUGACUCCUGCAUUAGUCUGAUGCUACUUUGCAGUGCGAUGGCAGCCAAUGAAUCUCUCUAUCUAACACACUCGGACAAAUAUAACAGACUUGUAACGAUUUGGACAAACUCGGCUUCAGAGACUCGGCUGUGUGUUUUAAAGACGUUUUUGCUUCAUCGUCCUUACAUGCUGAGCAGUUGCCUUUUUGCCACUGUCUAGUCGUAAGGUGCGUGUAAAGGUUUACUGACUCUGCUCUCCACACUUACAACAGAGCUGCUUUCAAAUCUCAUGCUAAAUCUCACUGCCCUAGUUCGCCACAAAUCCACUUUGAUUUUUGACCUACAAUAUGCACAGGCCUCUGCAGCUUGUAACAUAUGAAUAUAACGAACUAUAUGAAAACACUCACCUUUAGGAAAUGAUCUGAAUUUAGAUGUGAUUUUAAUCUGAAGAAAAGGAGACAGUAGCAUAUAACCUUCUCUGUAACAUUGUUUCUUUUUAAUAAACUCAAUCAUCUGUUUGGAAUAAUCAAUGUGAAAGUUUAGGACUCUUUUAAGGGACAUUUACAGGAGCUAGAGAAGAGCUGAUUUUUUAAAAACAUUUUUUAAUCACUGCCUUAUUUUCUGUUCAUGUCUCCAUGUUGUAUCAUUAUUAUUAUUGUUGUUGUUAUUGAUCAUUCUGGCAGCUUUGUGAAUCUCUGUGUUUCUAGCCUGUUGUAUUAUGGCUAACUAACAAGAAGCAUAUCAUGCAUUUGCAUACAGGGCAUUGUUGAUUGAAAAGAUUUAAUUGAGUCACAGUGAUGGAACUUUUGACUUUAGGUCCCUUCAAUUAGUGGAAAAAUCAACCAAUGUUACUUUUGUUUCAACAGCACAUGGACUAGAUUCACUGAAUGUUCAAAAGAUUACAAGCACCUGUCUGAUGGAAUGGAAGGUUUUUACUUGUGCUCAUUUAUUUCUCAUCAUAUCUUCUUUACCUUACAGCCCGUCACCUGAACCACAGUGACCACAGUGCUGUAGAUUACUGUAUGUGUUUCUCCAGCCACAGGUUCUCAUUCCACAUUAUGUCUUUCUUUACUGUUUCUCUGUCGAUUCUAAAUGCAGACUGACAUGAAAAAGUCUGAAUCACACACACAUAUAAGAACAUAGCAGAGAUAAAAGAGACUAAAAAUGCCCAGGAGUUAACCACUGGAGUAAUUAUAGGCUUUUAUAGUGUUAUAGUGCUGUUAUACUCAACUAUAACUGUGUCAGUUAAUAAAAUGAUUUAAAAAAAACUAGCACAAACAAAUUCAUAACAUUUGCAUUUGAAUGGAGCAAUAUAAACUAUUAAUCAAAUUUAAUUUAAUGAUGAUGUAAUAAUUGCAAUGUGAAUUUUAUAUAGGGCUUAUAUUUUUUCUUGCUCUGAUGAUCUAUUUUGGCUGUCUCUCAUAUUCACUCUAACAUCUCAUUUACAGUUUUUAUUUUUUGCCACAGUGAAAGCCACUGAGCAGCAGGAAGAACUCAGAUUGAAAUCUGACCAAUCAGAGCUUCUGCUGCUCCAUCACAUCGUUUUAUUUCCUGGUGGCACACUGCUCAUGCAUCUAUUAAAUACAGUGAUGACAUGGAAACUAUUUCAUAUGUGGUUUUUAUUUACUGGAUUUUAUUUAUGCAAAUUAAUGAAUUCAUGAUUGAUUAUAAUUAACCAGCACAAAGGUCUAUAAUUAUUCCAGUGCACACUCCAGGCUCAGAUCUUAAGUACCUUUCAAGUCAAGCAUUUUUCUACCACAUAGACAACAUUGGCUGCCUAGACGGUAGAAGACGACUAAUUAGAGUAGUUAUAGAAGCCAUAUGCAGUUUGUGGUAAUUAACCUGCCUGUGCCUGUUGGCACUGCAGCAACACACACACAUCAACUGUUCCCAACCAGUGACACAACUGAUCACUGUUACAUUUAAUAUCUGAAGCUAAGCAAAACAAGAGUUGUGCAAAAUGUGGAUGUUGUCUGGAUUUGGACCUGGCUAAUACUGCUCACCUCUACUGCCUCAGAAUGUUGCAGUAUAAUCUCUGAAUGCACCUUUAACUAAUACUGGAAAUAAACAUGACACCAUUAUGGGCCAGACUUAUGAGAAUACAAUGCGAGUGUAUUGCAUCAGUCCAACUGUGGUCAGUAGAAAUUAAACUGGUGUUUUCACCAGUGAUGAUUAAGAUGAGAAAUGUCAGACUGACAGUGAUUAGGUGAAACAGUCAAAGUGAACCUGUGUGUGUGGUCUGGAUCUAUGUUGUUCUCUGUGUGCUCUACCCAUGUGUUUACACUUCAGUUGCUCUCCUCGUGACCAGGAGAGGUGAGUCCGAGGCCAGGAAGUGGUUUAUGUUCUGUAACUCCAGGUCCUCAACAGGUUGUUGGGCACUGGCUGAAACAAAACUCUUUCUCCUGUGAAGUUAUUUUCUUCUGACCAGUCUCUCUCCAUGAAAGAACCGUAAAGCUGCUGUGACAUGUUUUAGACCAUUAACCACAGAUUAUGUGCACUGUACAUUACUGCCAGCUAAUUUCAAAGCAUAAUUGCUGUAAUCAGAUACAUUUGUCAUUAUCAGAUCAGUUUUCACUCAAAUGUAGUUAUCACGUUCAGAACUUAAAAUCAGUUGAGUCAUGUAAAUUGAAAUGAGUUAGAGACAGACACUGUUAGCUCACUUGGAUGUGCUUUCUUGUGUGAAGAAAGUUUCGGAUGCUUUGAAAAAUAGAUGGCAGUAUUAUGAAAUCAAGCACAUGGUGUAAAAUCAUUGGGUAAAAUAUGAAAAAUCAGCUGUAUGGUUCCUUACUGGGGUCCAGGAAGAAAAAAAAAAUAACGGGGUGUCUAUGGGACGCUAGUGUCUUCUCAGCCAAUCAGAAUCAUUUGCUUUCAGUCGCUAUGACACAGCUCCAUCUGAAACCAUGUGAUAUUCUGUUGCAUGCUGCAUUCACGUCCUGUGAGAAGAACCAGCUGAAAGGUUCAGUUAAGUUCACACAGUGAAUUCUAUCUUACACUACAUUUAUCAGAUGUUUACUAAGCUAUCUGCACUCAAGCAGUUCAAACAUGAGAUGAGUCUGUCCCUUUGAACACGAAUGCAGCAUUAAGGACAGAAAAGGCGUCUUGCACACCUUUGUUUUACUGCAAAACAUUAUGUAAGUUCAGACAAAAAUGAUCUCUGGUUCUGAUUGGUUGUGGGUGAUGACUUUUGACCCACUUAAGUGUCUUCAUGUGACACCUGAUGGAAACUUUCAGGUGUAAAUGCAGUCAGUAUGGCUGACUGUAGAAUACCCUUCACCUGGUGUAAAAGGUUAACAGUGUGAAUGUCUGUAGCAUGCUGUUGUUGUGCUGUCAUCAUGAGAACAAAACCUGUUUAAGGAUAAAGUGUGACCAGAGCAGUCCAGGUCCAACACAUGGGGGUUUAAUGAGGACCCGGAUUUUGAGAGUGUUUGAAUUUUGAUAUACUGGAUUUAACACAUCUUAUAAAUGAGCCUGAAACAGAACAGAAAUUAUCAUCAGUGUAAAUAAGGAGAGGAAACAGUUGAAGUCCCUCCACAGCUACAAACCUGAUAAUCAUUAUUUUUUCAACAAUAAAAAUAUUAAUCAGA